AUGGAGAGUGUAGUCGUUUCUCAGGCCUCGAAUGUUACCGAGACAAUUGCGGCAGCCAGCAAGGAUAAGAUCAUCAGCAUGGCUACUGUCAAGCAUGUGCUUGAUGUUGUUCAACAUAUGUCUUACUUCAAGUUGUUUUGCACUUUGAUUGCCAUAGUGCUUGUUUAUGACCAAGUUUCUUAUCAAAUUCAAAAGGGUAAUAUCGCAGGUCCAAAAUGGAAGAUGUGGCCCAUCAUCGGUCCAUUUUUGGAAUCUUUGGAUCCUAAAUUCGAAGAAUACAUGGACAAGUGGAACUCUGGUCCAUUGUCCUGUGUUUCUAUCUUCCAUAAAUUUGUUGUCAUUGCUUCUACAAGAGAUUUAGCUAGAAAGAUUUUCCAAUCCCCUCAAUACGUUAAGCCAUGUGUCGUUGAUGUUGCAGUUAAAAUUUUAAGACCAAGCAAUUGGGUGUUCUUGGAUGGUAAGGCUCACGUUGACUACAGAAAGUCAUUGAAUGGUUUGUUCACAAAACAGGCAUUGGCUCAAUAUAUCCCAUCUCAAGAGUUGUUGAUGGAUAAAUACAUUGAGAAAUUCGUUCAGCUAUCAAAGGACAACAAUUAUGAAGCUACUGUUUUCUUUGGUGAAAUGAGAGAAAUUAUGUGCGCUUUGUCUUUGAAGGCCUUCUGUGGGAGUUACAUCACAGAAGACCAAAUCAGAAAGGUUGCUGAUGACUACUAUCUAGUCACUGCUGCUUUGGAAUUAGUUAACUUCCCAAUCAUCAUUCCUUUCACCAAAACUUGGUACGGUAAGAGAACCGCUGACAUGACUAUGAAGAUUUUCGAACAAUGUGCUCAAAUGGCCAAAGACCACAUCGCUGCUGGUGGUGAAAGUGUUUGUGUUUUAGAUGCUUGGUGUAAAUUGAUGCACGAUGCUAAGAACAAGAACGAUGACGAUUCCAAAUUGUACCACAGGGAAUUCAGUAACAGAGAAAUGUCUGAAGCUAUCUUCACUUUCUUGUUCGCUUCACAAGACGCUUCUUCCUCUUUGGCUUGUUGGAUCUUCCAAAUUAUUGCUGACAGACCAGAUGUCAUGGAAAAGAUUAGAGAAGAACAAUUGAGAGUUAGAAACAAUGACCCAACUGUGAGAUUGACUAUGGACUUGAUCGAUAAGAUGGAAUACACAAACAUGGUUGUUAAGGAAACCCUACGUUACAGACCACCUGUCCUAAUGGUUCCAUACUAUGUGAAGAAGAACUUCCCAGUUGCUCCAACAUAUUCCGCUCCAAAGGGUUCCAUGUUAAUUCCAACUCUAUAUCCUGCCUUACAUGAUCCAGAAGUUUACGAAAACCCAGAUGACUUCAUCCCAGAAAGAUGGGUUGAAGGCUCUCCAGCAAAUGAAGCUAAGAAGAACUGGUUAGUUUUCGGUUGUGGUCCUCACGUUUGUUUGGGCCAAACUUAUGUGAUGCAAACAUUCACAGGUAUGAUUGGUAAGUUUGCCAUGUACACUAACUGGGAACACAAGGUGACCCCAUUGUCCGAAAAAAUAAAGGUUUUCGCUACAAUUUUCCCUGAGGAUGACUUGUUGUUGAGCUUCAAGAAGAGAGAUCCAUUGACUGGUGAAAUUAAAUCCUGA